AUGGAUGAGAUAUUUAUAGGAAGGCCUUCCAAGAGGGAGAUAGAGAUGUAUCUCUUGAACAAAGAAUAUUCGCUGCUGAACAACAUCAAGCUUCGGAAAGACAUACUGAGCAGUCGGAAGACAUUUUCGAGGAACAAGGUUGAGCUGAAGCCUGAGUUUAUAGGAGAAAGAAGGUCGUGCGAGAACGAUCUUGGCGAUGCUGUGAAUGGCACCAAUAAAAGGAGAAAGGCAUCGAUAGGAUAUCGGAUAAGAAGUGGGAGGGUGGUGCUAACUGAAAAAGACUCCAACUCGAAGGCGAAAAAGAAGAAAGACAUGAAGGUUAAAAAAAUUACUGAAAGGAACACUAUAAGGAACUCUGGAUACAGGUACAUUACUCUUGUAUUUGAUGGGAAUAACGAAAGCCCGAAGCCUAUAGAUAAGCGGCAUCGGAGGAGGGUCAGGUUCAGCGACUCUGUGCAUUUGAGCGUCCAUAACAGUGGGGAGCCAUCUUCGAUACUGCUUCCCGAGACCAAGCCGAGGAAGUUACCGAAGAUACAAAGAAAAGAAAGGGUCUUUGUAGAAAGCCUGGCCUUAUCGACUGAGGUUGAGUCUGAAGAAUCUGAAUGA